AUGGCCAGAGAUGUGCAGGAGGAAAAUAUUUAUGAACGAAAGACUAAGGGCCGUCUUCCCGUGAAAUAUGAGGCCUUGUUGUAUGGUAAAUAUACUACCAAAAGUGACGUAUGGAGUUAUGGAGUUGUGUUUUACGAGAUUUUCACCAUAGGUGGCUCACCUUACCCAAGAGUGGAUGGAAGAAAAAUGGCAAACUUACUUCAGGAGGGAUACAGGAUGCUCAAACCAAAACACGUCGUUGAAAAGUUGUAUCAGAUCAUGAUGAAAUGCUGGAAAAAUGACCCGGAUGUAAGACCAACAUUCGCUGAUUUGAAAAAUCAACUUAAGGACAUGGAAACCCAACAUAAGAGGCUGAUCAACAUGAAUAUGUACGAUAAGCAGUUGUAUGCAAAUAUCGAGGAUUUUUUCCUGUAGUUGGAUCACGUCCAAGGUGUGAUCGGCUAACGACUUGAUCACUUUACCGCAACAAGUUUCAGGGACUAAUCAUCUUUGCCUUAAUCUAUUGCGUUGUGCUUUUUAUAUUCUUAAACGGUGAACCACUAUUAUAUGCUUUCAGUCGCUUAACCGAUGGAGUAUACUCUCGUAUAAGCAUUUGUGAAGGGUUUGUUGCAAGCAAAAUUCUGAAAGGCAGGACAGCGUAAUGACAUCAGACGACGCGCUUUGAUAUAUUUGUAUUGUAACCGUACCUUCCAAGAAAGAAUCUUAUUUACCAGAUAGAUUGGAUCUCGCUCCGAAGGCCAUUGUUGUGUAAAUGUUUUAGUUAAUUUUUCAGGAA